UCUGGCUCUGGAACAGAACCUUCGGGGGAAGUGACGACAGCGGGCCCAGAACCUUCUGGUGGCACCAUCACUCCGGCAGGCCCAGCUAAUGGAUCAGAGUCUGGCUCUGGAAGAGAACCUUCAGGGGAAGUGAUGACUACGGCAGGCCCAGAACCUUCUGGUGGCACUGUCACUCCAGAAGGCCCAGGGUCUAGCUCAGGAACAGAACCUUCUGGUGGCAGGACCACUCUGGCAGGUAUAGUUAUGACUAAUGGGUCAGAGUCCAGAUCUGGAACUGAACUGUCUGAACAUGUGACCCCUUCUGAAGGCUCAGGUGAGGACAUGGGAUCAGACAGUGGCUCUGAGAAUGUCAAGUCCACUGCAAAUUCAAAUGGAUCUGCUCCUUCUGAACCCAGUCCCUCAGUGAGGCCUAGCUCUCAAGGUUCUUCUGGAAGCGUCAACCCUCCAGCAGGCUCAAAUGGGGCUAAUGCGUCUGAGCCUAGUAUUCCAGAGCUAUCUCUGCAAAGUGAAGUCUUUCCUGUUCAUUUGAAUCAGUCUGCUCCAUCUACGAUGUCCAGCUGCCACAGUGACUCUUCUGGUCUGGGAAGCACUACAAAUGUGCCUUCUGACAGUGAAGAGGUCAAAGAGUCUACGGGUUCUAUAAACUCCUCUGUAAAAGGGCUUCUGAGGUCACUGAUUGCUGACUUGAAGAAUGAGGGUUUCAGCUUGGUGGAUCCAGGUCAAUUCAUGGUCUGAUGUCCAGCUCCAUUAGGUUGCCUAAAAUUGAGCAUGCAAAGGAGUCUUUACAUGAGAUCUGGCUGACUUGAAUAAUGAAGAAUAAAAAUGUGGAAUUUUGUA